ACGCUCGUCAGUCUCGCUUCCACCUCCACCUUUGCUUGUUCUCCGACCUUACUUAUAACCACUCAUCACUCUGGCUCGUUCAUAGACUUAGGACUCUACAAUGAGCGUGGUAGAGGAGGCGGCAUCGUUGUUCGGAACAACGGAUACGGCAAAUGACCCAUUUGCAGCCACCCUGGCAGAUGAUGCAAACCCACCAGACCUCCAGACUGGCAGCGAGCUCUUUUCUGGACAAAACUAUGACUCUGCUGCUGGUUUCUUCGGUUCGAACACCUCCACUGGCUUUGGAGACUAUGCUACAGCUGUCGGUGCCACGAACGGAACGACAGGUUACGCCAACCCUCAGGGCUCGGGUACUGUUGCCCAUUCAUCGUACGAUUAUGCUGCAGCUCCUGCCGCGGAUAGCGGCGUCUCCUCUCACGUUCAGCAGACUUAUGGUGGCGUAGUUAAUGGACAGCAGGGUGGUUAUUCUUCGUAUGAGCCUGCGCAAGCGAACCAUUCAGUAAAUGGCAUCUACCAUAACUCGGGACAAUACACCAAUUCUUAUGAGCCAUCUCAGUACUCAUAUAAUCCUGCGCCGGCUGCGUACCAGCCUCCAGCUCCCACUCAAGGAUCCACGACAUACGAUGCUUAUGCCCCUACUCAACCCAGCCCAGGUUCUGCUUCCCAUCCAACGUACGAUCCAUACAAGCCAGCUCAGGCCUACGCCCCCCAGAAUCCCCAACGUCCUGUAGACGCUCCUGUUCAGUAUGCUCCGCCGACGGGGACAACCCCUCAGACAUCCUUUACAGCGGACGUCCCUCCGCCUCUACCGUCAGCGUCCGCGUACCGACCCAAGACCAGGAACGCAUAUGACCCUCCUCUUCCGCCUCCGAAACCUUCCAAGCGCACACAUGCAUGGCAAACACAGACAUCCCCCAGUAUGCAGACGUCAUACGCUCUGCCGAAUACGGGCGUGCAACCCAUUUUAUCACCACCGCCUCCGCCUCGGACUGUAGUCAGACAGCAUACCUCACCUCCUACUCAGUCGGCGGUCGCACCUCAAUAUGCAGCUAACGCUUACGCUCAAAUAACUCCUCAUGUUACAACACCUCCAGCUCCUGGACCACCGUCUGAUCAUUAUGAUACCCUAUCCUCCCAAAAAGAUGUUCCAUCCACUAAUGUGUAUUCGCCUGCUUCUUCACAAUGGAUUCAGCCUUCAGCUAAUCAUUCGGUCGAACCAUCCACAUAUAAACCGUCUGAACGCUCUCCUCCAGCUGGAUAUGCACCCUUUGUUGCACCAUCUGCACCAUAUUCUCAGCCACCAAACACAGUGGAAAGCAAUCACUCGCCUGUAACCCAAGCUGUCAACGAGCUAUUUCACGCCAAUGACGAAGCAAACCUUGCUCAAUUAACGACUCCUCCCAUCGAGAAUGCAGCACCACAGAGUGAUGAUGCUCACCGCGAGACGUCAGCGGACUUUUCGUCAGGUGCGGAUAGUAAGUGGAUGGAAGCUAUUCGGCCUAGAAGCGCUCUAGCAGAAAGUAGCAGCGGGGCAAAACCAUCAUCACCACCUAUUCCAUCGUACCAUCCAGUGAGCAACGGCUUUGGGCACUCUCCUCCCUCACGCGACCUAUCACCCGUGCGCACAAAAUCUCCUGGAAGCGCUUCAGUGCGCUCUUGGGCGAGUGGGAAGCGGCAAAAUCUUGUGGUUUCCCCUCCUCCGCAACCAGAAGAAAGUAGUCAGCCAGCGCCUUCACGAAGCAUGUACGAUCCACCCAUCAUCCCGCACACUCAAAGGACUCGCUCUCCUUCUGUUAUGUCAACUCGUUCGUUCACAGGCAGGAAUGUCUAUGGCCAGUACGCUCCAAGUAGCGCUUCAGACUCUUCCGCUGCUCGGGAUAGAUCCAUGUCAAAUGCUUCUCUGCUCUCGGUUGCUUCCUCCGUAAGAGAUCCAUAUGCACCCUCUCUCUAUUCGCACUCUCGCCAACAGUCGAUGGACGAGACUCUGCAUGGCCCGUCCUUGCGACCUCCUUCAGUGGACCAUUCCCUCACGGCUCCUUAUGGAAGUCAGGUUCUGUCUGCAGCAUCUCGCGCACCGUAUGCGCCUUCUCCGUCGUUACUGGGCACGAAUGAUCCUCUCGGGAGGGCGUCGGCGCGUGUACCCGUAGUGAGCUUCGGUUUCGGUGGUAAACUUGUUACAUGUUUUCACGGCUCGUCAUCCCUGAAUACCGGAUUUGACGUUGCACUAUCGUCUCGACCUUCCACAGACGUCCACCUCCGUAUACUGCACGACGUGAUCCCGGAAUCUGCUUUCAAUGCAUCUUCCGCACAGUUUCCGGGCCCGUUGUUCUGUGAUCCAGGUACGCCAUCGACGAGUAUCAUUGGAACAGGAGCGGCCGCACAGACAAAAGCAAAGAAAGCUCGGGUCAUCAAAUACCUUGAAGACAGGGCAGAGGAGAUAUCUCAGGGCAUUGGUUAUUUGCAGCAUGGGGACGCAGAAGGCAAACAAGCGGAAGCCAAACAGGUUUUGAUCAAGCUCUUGAGAAUCAUGGUUGAGAAUGACGGUCGUCUGUCGGGCAGCUCACAAAUUGAUGCGGCGGUUCGGGCUGCUCUCGUUCCGUAUAUAUCGACUACAGAUGUCUCAACAGAUGGACUCAAGACUGCCGUUUCGCUUGGUUUCCCUCGAGUUGGUGAUUCUCAUCCGGGUCUGGCUGAUCUACCAUCAGCAUCGUAUCCUGGUCUUGGCUCCCUCUCCCAGGACUCGAGUGAUGCCACGGUAGCUGUACACGCUUUGAGGUCCUCCAAUCUUGACCGAAUUCACGACCUUCUAAUCCGAGGUGAACGCCGCGCUGCUUUUCAAUACGCUGCUGACGAGAAAUUGUGGGCUCACGCAAUGGUAAUCGCCAGCAGUGUUGACAAAGAAGCAUGGAAGGAGGUUGUGAGCGAGUUCGUCCGGACGGAAUUGACGAGCGCGCCAGGCGUCAACGGAGUGGAUGCAAAGUCUUCGGCAUUGAACGGACGGGAAUCGUUGAAAGUAGCGUACAGUCUCUUCGCAGGACAAGGUGCUGCAUCAGUCCAGGAGCUUCUGCCACCUAAGCUUUUAGUCAACGGUUUACAUUCUAUGCAAACACUUCAACCAGUGCAGUCACUGCAACCACCUCAAUCGCAAGGUCCAACUAUCACACCAAUGACACCGAAUUUCCCUAAGCCCGUUGCAACAGGGCCUAUUCCUCUGGAAAUACUCUCCAGGUGGCCGGAGACUGCAUCAAUGAUGAUUUCAAGUCCUCUCUCGAGCGAAACCUCCGCUGCAUUAACCGCUCUGGGUGACCAGCUUGCUGCGAACGGUUGGACAGAGGCAGCGCACUCUUGCUACCUCCUUUCGCCUCAAACUUCUCCAUUCGGCGGUGUUGGCGUACCUUCUUGUAGGGUCCAUCUAAUUAGUGCGAAUCCUGCGACGGUGCCGAACUUCUGGAAGGAUUCAGACGCGAUUCUCUUUUCGGAAAUAGUCGAAUUUGCUCUGUCACUGACACCUCAGACCAAGGGUCAAGAAGCCUUUGCCGGCCUACCUCAUCUACAGGCGUAUAGAUUGAUUCGCGCCACGUCUCUUGCAGAGAUGGGACAUGACCAACUGGCUAACAGAUACUGCGAAGCGAUAUCGCAGUCAGUCGGUCGCUCGUCGCCCUAUAUUCAUACUGUAUUAGUUCAGCAACUCAAGGGACUCGAAGAGAGGCUCGUUGCUGCUCCCCACGGUGACAAAUCGGGCUCUUGGAUCACUUCGAAGAUGGCCAAACCUAGUUUGGACAAGCUCGGCAAUUGGCUGGAGGGUCGAUUGACGAGCUUCAUCGCAGGGGAAGCUGAUUCUCCACUCACAGAGGAUCCGAGGGCUAGAGACCGUGCAAUUGGCGGUCCAUUCGCUCACUAUAGUACGAUAUCGUCCGCGACUAGCUCAACGAUUCCCUCGCCUCAGCGGUCUACUACCGAUCUCACCGAGAUACCUCCCACCCCGCCGUAUCGUACUGGUUCUGCGAUGGCUCUUCGUUCAUCCGCUGGUGCACACGUACCUAUAAACCGAUCAUCCUCGGCUAUGGAUUAUAUUCGACGGAAAGCAUCUCCAGUCCCAAGAGUGUCGUCGGCGAGUGCGACUACCGCCACUUUCCCUAGUGCUCCUUCGUUCCCUCUCCAUGACAGUUACUUAGGGUUGAAUGGAGGAACGCCGAAGACCAAUCAGAUUCAAUCGGGUUCCAGGAUGACAGAGUUACAUUUGCAAGAGGAGUUGUCUCCGGAAACACCGUCUAGCUCGCACACAGGCUGGGGUUGGAGUGCUUCUGACUCUGCAGUUCCAACACCUACAGCAACGUCAUUCAUCAAGACGGAGACUACGAUCCUGGCGUCUUCCGAGGGUUUCAUUUCUCUCAUGGACGAUCCUGCACUUGCACUUACCCCGUCACCUGCACCUAGUUCUUUGGGUAGAACCCCCUCGACAUCUAGUGAUGCUGGUUGGGACGAAGAGGACGACCUUGGUCUGAGCACUUCCCGUAAGUCGAAGCCAAGUGAGAAAAGUGAUUUGCAGAAAUCCACACCUUCAACGGCCGAAACAACGAAGGAAGAGCCUGCAAAAUCUGAAGAGAGGCCUGACAUCAAACAGACGGCUUCAGGUGGAUGGUUAAGUCGCUUAUGGCGACGUGGUGAUACACCAGCUCCCAUCAAGGCCAAUCUUGGCGACCAAACUACGUUCUAUUACGACAAGGACCUGAAGCGUUGGGUCAAUAAGAAUGCUGGUGCGGAAGCUGCGAAGCCAUCUCCUCCUCCACCUCCACCUCGGUCACAAACGACAUCACCAGGAACCGCCAAUUCGAGAGUCCAACAUGGUCCUUCGCCAGGACCUCCACCUCCUGCCAGACCAGCUACCGCAAUAGAUCUGAGCGAACCUCCAAAGAAGCCUCCGAUGCGCGUACGCUCAAAUCUUGUCCCUGUGGAGACCGCUUCGGCACCUACAACUCCUGCUGCGUCCACGAUGUCACCAUUGACACCGAUGGCUGGUCCACUGACACCUGGGUUGAACGGCCCACCCAGCGCUCGACUGAAAGCGCAAACGAAACGGAACAUUCGGAAUCGCUAUGUAGACGUGUUCCAGCAGCAAGGUGCAGCUUGAACGUAGAUUUUCUUAUGUUACUGCUCGCAUUUGGACAACUUUUGUCAUUAUUGUAUCUAUUCGCAUUGCCGCUUUUACCUUCAACUUGCAGUAUACACUUGGAUUUGGUUUGGAAUUUGAUCUCUCAGUAGUGAUGCGAUCACGCCAAAAUGAUAUGCAAUUAUAAAUGUCCAGGUCCCGAUGGGGAAUAUUGGGAAUAUCUACAUUUAC